AUGUCACUUCAUCCAUUCACUCAAGCCAAAGACUACGAGAUCAGAUUAGCUGCAAAGUUGGUCAAGGAUGCUUAUCCAGCUUCAGCUAAUGUCCAUUUUGUUCAAAUCGACAGAUGUGAUCCGCCCAAAAAAUCAAUGAUCGAUUACAUCACUGCUGAAAGAGAAGGAUUACCAACUCCAAAGAUUCCAAGAGUUUUGUAUUGUUACUAUUAUACCAACACGUUUGAUUUCCACAAAGCCUUGGUCAAUGUUACUGCCGGUCACGUCAUCACCAAGGUGAAACAACCAAAAGGUGUAGUUGGUCCAAACUUGCCAGAUGAUAUGAUGGAACUUGAAGAAUAUUGCAACAAGCACCCCGCCGUGUUGGCAGAGGUUGAAAAGUUGAAAUUGCCAAAAGGUUACACUAUUAGAAACGAUCCAUGGAUUUAUGCUACUGAUGACCCAAAUGAAAAGAGACCAUUGAUUCAAUGUUUCAUGUAUGUUUUGGCUGGUAAUGGACAUAGUGAAUCCAACCACUAUUCCUUGCCAUUGAAAUUUUCUCCAGUGUUUGAAGCUUUCACCAAGAAAUUUAUCAGGAUGGAUUACUUGCCAGGUGGAUUUGAUGAGACAACUACCCCGACUGGACCAUGGCAAGAAGUUCCAUGUAGGGAGUAUCAUCCAGACUUGAAUGGUGAAACAGUAGCUAGAGAUGUCAAACCAUUGUUGAUUUCUCAACCAGAGGGACCUUCUUUCACUGUUAAAGAUGGUAAAGUUAAAUGGCAAGGUUGGGAGUUUAGAGUUGCUCCAACUUGUAGAGAAGGUUUUGCCGUUUAUGAUGGUUGGUUCAAAGGCAGACAAGUGUUUUACAGAAUUUCCUUGUCUGAAAUGACUGUCCCAUACGGUGAUCCAAGAAAGCCAUACCACAGAAAACAAGCUUUUGAUUUAGGUGAUUGUGGAUUUGGUUCUUAUGGUAACAGAUUGAACUUGGGAUGUGACUGUUUGGGAGUUAUCAAGUACAUGGAUGGUCAUAGUAUUCAUGCCAAUGGUGAGCCAAUCACUAUUCCAAACACUGUUUGUAUGCACGAACAAGAUGAUGGUUUAUUAUACAAGCACGUCAACUACAGAACAUUGAAUGCUGUUGUUGCUAGAAAGAGAAUCUUUAUUGUGCAAACCAUUGCUACAGUUGCCAACUACGAGUACAUUAUCAACUUGAAAUUUGUCAGUGAUGGUUCCAUUGAUAUUGAAACCAGAGCCACUGGUAUCUUGUCCACCAUGCCAAUUGAUGAAAAUGUCAAGGUUCCAUGGGGUACCAUUGUUGCACCAAAUUGUAUGGCUGCUUACCAUCAACACAUUUUGUCAUUUAGAAUUGACCCUGCAGUCGAUGGUCACAAAAACACUGUUGUUUUUGACGACACCAAGAAAUUGCCAAAGGACAAGGACUUGAAUCCGUUUGGCAUUGGAUUCGUUACCGACCGUCACUUUGUUGAGAAAGCUGGUUAUGUUGAUCAAUCACCAUUUACAAACAGAACUUACAAGAUCAUCAAUGAAAACAUCAUCAACCCAGUUUCCAAAACUCCAGUUGGUUACAAGAUCAAUAUGCCAGCAAGGCAAAUGUUGUUGGCCGAUAAGGAUUCCUUCAACACCAAAAGAGCUACAUAUGCAACUCAACAGGUUUGGGUCACUAAAUACCGCGACCAUGAAUUGUAUGCUGCUGGUGAAUUCACCAACCAAUCUCAAAAGGAUACUGGUGUUGGUGUUUGGGCCAAUGGUGUUGACAACGUUAGAAAUGAAGAUUGUGUUGUUUGGGCCACUUUGGGAUUCACUCAUAUUCCAAGAGUGGAAGAUUUCCCAGUUAUGCCAGUUGAGACUCACAAUAUUCAAUUAGCCCCAUUCAAUUUCUUUGACAGAAAUCCAGCUUUGGACAUUCCUCAAGCUAACAACUCUUUCAACAAGAGUAUCUUGGUUGAGGGUGAAGGCGAUGAUGCUUGUUGCAAAACUAAGAUAUAA